AUUUAGAUCGUUUUUUUUAUGCAGUAUAUAAAAUGGACGAACUAAAACUUAACUGGUUUAGUGAAUUGAAUUCCUUAUGGCCAGGACAAUGUAUGUCAUUGGAGGUAGAAGAAGUUUUAUUUCACGAACGCUCAAAGUAUCAAGAUGUUUUAGUUUUUAAAAGCAAAACUUACGGCAACGUAUUAGUCCUCGAUGGAGUGAUUCAAUGCACUGAAAGAGAUGAGUUCGCUUACCAGGAGAUGAUCGCCCAUCUUCCUUUGUUCUCUCAUCCCAAUCCUAAGAAUGUUCUUGUAAUAGGGGGUGGUGAUGGCGGAGUUAUCAGGGAAGUUCUUAAACAUUCAUCUGUGGUUUCUAUAACUCAGUGCGAGAUUGAUCAGGUUGUGAUAGAUGUUUCACGUAAGUUUCUUCCAUCAAUGUCUAAAAGCAUGGACGACCCUCGUGUUACACAAUUUGUUGGUGAUGGUCUGGCGUUUAUGAGGGAACACAAAGCUGAGUUUGAUGUCAUAAUCACUGAUUCAUCUGACCCACAAGGUCCUGCUGAAGCUUUAUUCGAGAAACCAUAUUACCAACUGAUGCAGAAAGCACUUAAAGAUGGUGGGAUUAUAUGCGCACAAGGAGAAUGUGUUUGGUUGCAUCUUAGUCUUAUUUGUAACAUGAAGAAGUUUUGUGAAACCGUGUUCCCAUCCGUUGCAUAUGGUUAUUGUACAAUACCAACGUAUCCAAGCGGGCAGAUAGGGUUCAUGUUGUGCAGCCAGAAUAAGGAGACCAACUUUAAAGAGCCUUGCAGAGUAUUAAGUUGUGAUGAAGUGAAUAAAAUGGAAUUGAAAUAUUACAACUCAGAUGUCCACAAAGCUGCAUUCGUUUUACCUCAAUUUGCUAAAUCAGCAUUGGAAAACAAUUGUGUUCCACCUGGCCGAUUCAACUUUUCUAAAAUUGACCAAGAUUAUGACGCAUAAAAUGCUUAUGAUGUCACAAAGCCUUUGUCACCAUUUUAAUACUGUUGUUGCUGACAUUUUAAAAUAUUUUUCAAAUUUAUUUUAAAAUAUUUAUAAAUCAUAACAAUUAGUGUUAACACUGCCUUUUACAAUGUAUAUGUCACACAGACCAUGAUACAGUGUAUUUACUAAAAGUUUUGUCCAUAUCAAAUCAUGUCUGCUUACAUAGUGUUUAGAUUAAUAAAUGUAUGGCCAUGACUAAACUAUAUUGGAAAAUUUUAACAUUUACUGUUCCAAAAUUAACUGUAAUAAAAUAUUGAAAACA